GCGCAAGGGAAUGCUGCGUACCUAGAGUGUGCAAGCGACGGAAACUCGAAAACUAGCGCAUAGUCCCCGUGUGUUGGUCGUGUGCGUUUGCGAGCAAGAGGUUUGCAAGAGAGCUGUGAAGUGAAAAAAUAGGUUGAUUCUUGGAUUGGCAAAAUGUUGUCAAUCGGCAGAUUGCGGAACGGUUAAGCACACAUUCAGCAAACCGGAAGAAAAGUGUAAGUUGUGCCGUGCUUUGUCGCAAGUCCUCGCCCUGCUCGGGAGCAAAAGAGACGCAUCCGGAUGGCGAAGGGUCGCACCCCCCGUGUGUGUGUGUGUGUUACGGAAGAAAUUGUGUGUGGCUGAUGGUGUGGUGGCAUGGUGGAAGCGACGACGGUGGCCAACGCCAACAAGUUCUCCUUUCAUCCAGAGUGAGCGCAGGCUGUGCAUGUGUAUGUGUGUGUGUGCGCGUUGAACGAGCAAGUUUUUGAAGUUUUUCCCAAAUGUUGCUUUUCAUUCAUCGUGCGAAAGAAGAAGAGGAAACGCCGUACCAGCUCAAGAUGACCCCUGCUGGAUGACACGGCACCAAGUCAGCCAAGUUCCGCAACCGCUUUGUUUAUCUUUCUACAUUUUCAAAAGUGAGCAUUUUCUACGCCACCGCUACUACUAGCCUGUUGCCGAUGAUGCCGAAGAAUUUACAGUAAGCGAAGUGAAGUGAACGAUCCGCGUGCGAAUGUGACUCCCGUGACGAAUUGUUUCGCCAAAAUUCCUUUGUAAAGAAAAAUAGCUCCGCUUCCAGGGGUCCGCGAGUGUGUGUGUCCGUGUGUGUUUAAAUAUUUGGCACGGCACGGCAAGGUGAGAAAGUGAGAGUUGAAGAGUCGAUGACAAGUUCCAGAUCUGGCCGCCGUGGGUUGAGAUUUGCACGAAAGUAACAGAUUGUAAUAAAAAUACCUCGACGGAGUGUUGAGCGCAAUACAGCAAGAUUACUUUUGCGAAGAAGACGACAAGUGCUUUCCUCCGUGUGUGUGUGUGUGUGUUUUCCGUGUGUGUAAGCGUGCGUGAUCGUUCGGUGUUUCCGGGUGGGAAACAUUCACCUCUUACAGAACAAGACCGUUGCAACGGCAAGCUUUAAGGCAUGAAAAAGUAUCAAUGGAUUUAUUAGUGAAACGAAGAAGAAAGAACGAAGAGAAAAGAGAACCCCGAACCGCGUGGAAUCAGUGUGGUGUGAAGAGUUCAUUGAAUAAAAUAGUCAACCGAUCGUUUCGGAGAAUCGGAGAUAUAAUUAUAAUCGGAAUUUGGUGUUGAAUUGAACUCAACCAUCAGCAAAUCAGUCACAACAAAAGGAAACAGCGUGUGUGUGUAGGAGAGAGAAAGAGAGAGAGAGAGAGGCCCCGCAAGGUACACUUUUGUGUCCGUGGGUGGGUGGUCUGUUAACGCAGUGUUAUCCAACAAUCAACGCAAAGAGAGUCGGUACAGUAGAAGGCCGUCAACCCACAACACAAAAGGAUCUGGAACGCGCAAUUUGAGGCAAAGGACGCACACCGUACUACACCUGCGCGCACCAGGAUGGCGUACCAAAAGCCGAUCGACAUCGACGGCUACGUCACGCAGAUGGCGAAGGCGGACAUGCGCGUGAAGGCUCAGCUGGCCGAGGAUCUGGUGCUGUAUCUGAGCGAUUCGGAAAACUCGAUCGAAUGUACCGACCUCGGGCUGCUCAUCGACGGGCUGAUUCCGUGGAUGACCGGAAGUCACCAUAAGAUCGCACAGCGCGCCCUGGAAGCGUUUACCGAGCUGAUCGUUCGCCUCGGCCAAGACUUUAACGCGUACACCUCGACCAUCCUGCCGCAUGUGAUCGAUCGGCUCGGCGACAGUCGCGACACGGUACGGGAGAAGGCACAGCUCCUGCUGCACAAGCUGAUGGAGUGCCGUGUCGUGGUGCCCCAGUCGCUGCUGGACAAGCUGAGCGUCUGCUUCAAGCACAAGAAUGCGAAGGUGCGCGAAGAGUUCCUGCAGACGAUCGUCAGCACGCUGAACGAGUACGGCACACAGUCGCUGUCGGUGAAGAUGUACAUCCCACCGAUCGUCAGCCUGCUCGGCGAUCCGGCGCCGACGGUGCGCGACGCCGCGAUCCAGACGCUGGUCGAGAUCUACAAGCACGUCGGCGACAAGCUGCGCGUCGAUCUGAAGAAGCGCGAAGUGCCGCCGACCAAGAUGGCCAUCCUCGAGCAGAAGUUUGACGAGACGCGCAACGAUGGGCUGCUGCUGCCGUCGGCACUGCAGGCAGCCCCGAGCGCCGCCGGCGGCGGUGGACACGACGAGCUGGACCGGGCCGCGGUCGUCGAGCGGCCAACGCGGCUGGUGAAGCGCACACCGUCGGCCACGCCGCGCAAGCCGCUGUUCGAGACGCAGACGGCCGGCUCGGGUGAUCUGCUGCUAGCGGCGGGCGCCGUCUCGGCCGAGGUGUUCGAGGCGUCGUUCGAGAACGUGCCGCAGCUGACGAUCUUCUCGCAGCGCGACAUGGACGAGCACAUGAAGUCGAUCAACACGCUGAUCGGCGACAACCGGGUGGACUGGGAGAAGCGGGUGGAGGCGCUCAAAAAGAUCCGCUCGCUGCUGAUGAUCAACGUGCAGGGCUCGCCGGCCUUCGUGCAGCAGCUGAAGGACCUGUCGAUCGCGUUCCUCGACAUCCUGAAGGAGCUGCGCUCGCAGGUGAUCCGCGAGGCGUGCAUUACGCUCGCGUACAUGAGCAAGGUGCUGCGCAACCGGCUGGACCAGUUCACCAUCUACAUACUGCAGGAGCUGAUCAAUCUGAUCCAAAACUCGGCCAAAGUCAUCUCGUCCGCGGGCACGAUUGCGCUCAAGUACGUGAUACGCUACACGCACGCGCCGAAAAUCAUUCCGAUCCUGACGCAGAAUCUCAUGCUCUCGAAAUCGAAAGACAUCCGCAGCACGCUGUGCGAGAUGCUCGGCCUACUGUUCGAGGAGUGGCCGACCAAAACGCUCGAAAAGCACAACAGUCUGCUGCGCGAAGCGCUUCGGAAGGGAAUGGUCGAUGCGGACAACGAUGCGCGGCGACACAGCCGAUGUGCGUUCUGGAGCUUUCGGCGCCACUUCCCGGACCUGGCGGACAACCUGUACGGGUCGCUGGACAUUUCGACGCAGCGCGCCCUGGAGCGCGAGCGGGACAAUCUCGGAACAAACGGUACCAACUCCAUGAGUGUUAGUCUACGUGGCAGCAACAGUAGCUUGAAUUCUGUCUCUGGUGGGGUGAUAAAACGAAGACAAUCGUCCGGGUUGCGAAGCCCCGCGACCGCACAACCUCCAGUAAGCGCCACGAGCGUCAGUACGGAAAACCUCACCACGGUCCCGGGAGCCUCGUCAUCAGCAUCGUCGGCUGGCUCGACCCGCCUGCACCGGGCACCGUCGCUGCCCAGAACGUUGAAUCGCAACCGGAGUGGCAUACCCGUGGCGACCGCUUCCCGGGAAGCAGCCAACGCCGCGAACCAACAGGCCCAGCAGCAGCUGCAGCAGCAGGCGCCGGCACUGGUUGCCCGAGCGGGAGCUGCCGGCGGGUUUAGGAGCGUGUCCGCCGUCGAUACUGCCGCUGCCCAGCGGGCCCGGGCCAGGGCACAGUACUCUACCCUGGCACGGUUGAAAGUGACCUCCGGGACGGCGUCUCUGCAAGGACAUUACGCGCAACAAGCACGUGCUAAAAAGACACCGUCAUCAGCAUCCGCCACAUCAUCCUCCGCCAGCAACACGGCAACACCACAGCAACCUCCGACACCGGAGCGCAAGAUCCGAUCGAGGGCAGGAGUAUCACAGUCACAGCCAACAUCCAGAAGUACGUCACCUUCGAGCAAGCUGCGUGACAUGUACAGCGGCGUAACGUCCAUCUAUCGACAAACGGGCACGGUGCCGAAAAAGGCUCAGUCCGGCAUUCCGCGCUCGCUGGCAAACUCUCGCGAAACUAGCCCAACCAGAACGCAUACACAGUUCGGUUCGCUUCGUCGCACUGCCUAUGGUACUAGCAGCCCCCGGCGACCACCGCUGAACCCGGGUCGGCCAGUGUUGGCACAGAAAAUCCUGCAGCAGAGCCGCGAGGCGGAGAAUGCGCUGGCCGACGCUCUGUCGCCCGGGGAUGAGCACGAUAUGCCUUGCAGUGACUUUGCUCGGUUGGCUCUGCACCGGAAGAUCUCGCGCGAUGAGUCCGAUGAAAGUGAAGCCUCCUCGGUGUGCUCCGAGCGCAGCUAUGACAGUUAUCGACGGGGCAAUGAUUCUUUCUCAUGGAACGGUUCGCGCACGCGGUUAGACAGCUCACGACAAGUGAUCGACGAUAUCGAUACGAUCAUCCAGUUCUGCGCCUCGUCGCACUGGUCCGAGCGUAAGGACGGGCUGAUCAAUUUGACGCAAUACCUCAGCGAAGGCAAGAUGCUGACGCAGCAGCAGCUCCAGUGCGUGCUGGACCUGUUCCGCAAGAUGUUCAUGGAUCCGCACAUCAAGGUGUACGCCCUGUUCCUGGACACCGUCAACGAGCUGAUUCUGUCGCAUUCGAACGAUCUGCAGGACUGGCUGUUUAUCUUGUUGACCCGUCUGUUCAACAAGCUCGGCACCGACCUGCUCGGCUCGAUGCAUGGCAAGAUCUGGAAAACGCUUCAGCUCAUCUACGAGUACUUCCCUGCAGAUCUGCAGCUCCAAUGUGUCUUUCGAAUAUUAGUCGACAAUGCGCAAACGCCGAACGUGAAGACACGCCAGGCGACGCUGAAAUUUCUUUCCCAGUUGGCCACAAGCUACUGCACGGCUUCCCAGUUUGUCGUGCAUCCGCAAAACCAGCAGGUGGUGAACCUCGCGAUCCAGAAGAUCAUACAGACGUCGCUUGAUCAGAAGAGCAUCGAGUUAAAGUCGCAGGCGCGCAUGUGCAUCGUGGCACUUUACAAUUGUAAUCCUUCACAGAUGACUAUGGCUUUAGCAAAUCUUCCAAAACAGUACCAAGACACGGCGAAAAUCUACAUUCAACAGAACAUGAGAAGAAGUACUUCAGGAAACGAUAGUCCAUCAUCUCCACUGUCGUCUUCGAGCCCCAAACCAUUGCUUAGUCCUCAGCAGGGGCCGUAUAGUUUACAGAACAUCGCUAGUCCUCGAUCGCGACAGGCAUCGGUUGAGGCAGCGGCCGAGUCGAUGAACACAGAGGAAGUGUACAAGAACCUUCGCAAGACCACGGCCGAAAUACAAAACUACAGCUUCGAGAGCAAGCUCGACCGUGAUGCAAACAGUAAGGAUUCUGGCAUUAGCCAGAUGGGCGAAACGCACAUGAUGCAAUCGAUGACAGUGCUGGACGGUGUCGGUGGCCACGGUGUGUACGGGCUGGCAUCGAACGGCAUGAACGGCCAUAUAGGGGGAGGACUAGGAGGGCUGGAAAAGGACGAUUCAUGCAACGGUUCCAAGACACAGUCAGCCACAACAACAGAGUCCAACACACCGGAAAACACCGUGCGGUUGGAUGGUAUGGAUCUGGCCCACAAGACGAUAGCACAACAGCAGCAGAUGCUUCAGCAGCAGCGUCACCAAAGCUACAGCCGUGCCGAGAACGGUGAACUAAUACUGGACAAGGGUGUGAAAGAGAACGAUGUGAUCAAGGCUGCGAUCGUGCUGACACUCCAGUCGGCACCGGAGACCACGAAACAGGUGCUAGAGAACCUGCAAAUCUGCAUCAAGCAUGGUUCCUGCGACCUACCCAUCAAGAAUUUUAAAGCAAUCAUGAAAAUGUUGCUACAUCUGAUGGAAUCGCAGAACAACGAUGUGCUGAUCGCAUCGCUGCACACACUCGGCCGUAUCGUACGCAGCACGGAGAUGAAAGCUUGCUGGAGCAACUUCCUGGAGCUGAUUCUAUUAAAAAUAAUAGACUGUUAUAAAAUUAGCAAAGAGGUGUCACGAGAGAUUGACAUAAUAGUGGUGAAAAUUGCGGGCAUACUUCCGCUGGACAUUUCCGUAAACAUACUGAAUCCGGUGAUUGCGACCGGUGAAUUUCCGGCGAAUCUGUGCGCCCUUAAAAUACUUACCGAGCUGACGCAAAAGCAGGGCAAGGAUCUGACCGAUAAUCACCUAGAUUGUAUAAUGCCAAAUGUAGCUAGGCUCGCUGAUGAUAGUCAAUCGAUGGUACGGAAAGCGGCAGUGUUCUGUAUCGUGAAGCUCUAUAUUGUGAUGGGCGAAGAGAAAGUAAAACCAAAAUUCUCCUUAUUGAACGCGAGUAAGAUAAGAUUACUAAAUGUGUAUAUUGCAAAGUCGAUGGGCAGUGGCAGCAGUAGCAGUAGUAAGGGUGGAUCGUCGACGACAGCAAUGUCAUGAUCCAAAAACGCCAAGUGAUUAUUAUUCAAAGGACGCAAAUUUGCUAAAUUGCUCUGUAAAUUUCGUAGAAGCAUCUCCGCUAUCCAAGAGUAAAGUUAUUUAUAAUCCUAUACCUACCUACACGUACCCUUGACCGCCGCACCACCACCACCACAACACCCCACCACAAACAUCUUUCUUUCUGUGCGCUUUCACUUCGACCUCGACUCUUUCACAAUGCUGUUUCUGCUUCCCCUGCCAUUGGCCGAAACCGUAACCGAAGUCCGAAGAUCGAUAAGACGUAAUCCCUUUUAUGUGUUUAUGCGCGCUUCGGCGGGGAAUGGUGGGAAAAAGGAAGAGCAAGAGUACGUUACAAUAGACCUUGACUAUAAGUUUGGUGUGCGGUGUGCGUUGUGCGGUGUUAGCGUGUAUGUCAUGUCAUGAUGAUAUCCCCCUAUCUGUAUCCGGUUGUGCUGUAGGUAAAGCUGACUAUUUAAGCUGUGAAUUUACUCUCCCCCCCAUCCAUGCCUGUGUAGUGUAUUCCUUCCUGGGCGAAUGUGCGAUUGUUCUUUUGUUUUACACUGACGAGCAACUGGCAACAACAGCUCCUUAUUUUGCUACCUUUCAUUUACACUGAAGCUAGUUUGUUUUUAACACCUUAUUAUGGAGCGAAAGAGCGCAAUUGGAUGGAUGGAGCAGAGGAGGGUGCAACGUCAUUUUUGAACAGCAUUGUUAGGUGAAGAAUUUGAUGAGGAACAUUUGAUAGGACCAGAAGAAUAACAUGAACCCACUACUACUUGCACAAGCUACUGUUGCUUCGCGCGCAGUUUCACCUCAACUGACGCGUUGGCGCGAGUGUAGCUAUUUGGCCAAAAUCCGGAAAUUGAAACCGUAUCGAACCGUUUUAGUAGUAUUUACGAAGAAAGUUUUGCUUAAUAAAAAAAAGGUAACACGAGCUACAAACAAAAGCUGAGCUGCAAGAGUGAGUGAGUGAAGUGUUGGAAAGGUGGAAAAAGACAAUGUAACUGAUAUGAACAGGUCCAUCGCUUUCCAUCGCUUUUACGCUGCAUAAUUGUAUGGCCCUCUUGGUGUAGGACACUCGACCGUAUAGAAGAGAUGAUAGUAGUUGUGUAAGCAAACGCUGCUAAUAUGUCGCAAUUUAAGCGUCAAGAGAAUCUUGAUCUUAGAACCGAAAGCCCAUUCAAACACGUUCAAAUGCGUGCAAAGAUACGGCUGAAAGCCGUCUAAUGUUGCAAUCGAGACGUGUGGCGCAAUUUUGGUGUGCACCACCCAUGCUGAGAGAAAUGGUGUCGUUGACGAUCAGUAUAAAUACUCCAUGUCCCUAACGAUUUGAUAUCAUUCCAGAAGGAUUUGGAGGAAGAUGUGUGGUGUGGCUUGUGCUUGCAAAAACAAACAAGAGAAUGAA